CAGGAAACUACUCACUCACUUACUCUAACUUACUCGUGUUGUGAGCACUUCACUACACAUACAGUGCAGUACUGUGUCGUGUCUAACAUCUUUGCGAUCGAGAGAUUCAUCAGAGAAAUGAACGCUUUACAAGCUGUAUUCACCGUUUUAUUUUUCCUUAAGGAAAGUGAAGCUUGGGGUUACAAGAAUGGAAUACUACACAACUCUAUCUGGCUUGAGCAAGCAGCUGGAGUUUAUCACCGCGAGUCUCGCAAAGGACGGUACCAGCUGACGUAUAAAGAAGCCAAGGCUGUGUGUGCAUUUGAGGGGGGAACUCUUGCAACCUAUGAUCAACUGGAGGCUGCUCGCAAAAUUGGGCUUCAUGUGUGUGCAGCCGGAUGGUUUGAUAAAGGGCGCGUGGGGUAUCCCAUUGUUAAAGCUGGCGCAAACUGUGGCUUCAGAAAGAUUGGAAUCAUCGAUUACGGAUAUCGGGUCAACAAAAGCGAGAGGUGGGACGUCUACUGCUACAACCCCCAGGCAAAAGAGUGCGGAGGAGUGCACACAGAUCAGCAGAAGGUUUUCACAUCACCUGGCUAUCCAGAGGAAUACCAGGAUGAACAGAUUUGUUACUGGCACAUUCGAGUUCGCUAUGGUCAAAAGAUUCGCCUGCACUUCUUAGAGUUUGACAUUGAGGAGGACACAUCUUGCCUCAGUGAUUAUUUGGAGAUCUAUGACAGCUAUGAUGAUGUUUCAGGCUUUGUUGGAAGAUACUGUGGUGAUGAACUUCCAGAAGACUUCAUAAGUACAGGAAAUGUGAUGACCCUGAAAUUCCUCUCAGAUUCCUCUGUGACGGCUGGAGGGUUUCAGCUGGAGUACAUCGCUAUUAACUCAUCUAUACAUUGUAAUGAAUCCUGUUGACCCCUUCUCUUGAUCAUUGUUAUGAUCUAGUUGAUCUAGUUUAUUGUUAUGAACUAGACCAGUGGUUUUUAAACUGGGGGCCCACAAGAUUUUGCAUUAAUUUAUCACGAUAUCUGUGUAAUUAGACCUCAGAAAAAUAACGCUACUAAUCAACAGCACUACAUUGUUUAACCUCCUAAGACCCGAGCUUUGGUUUGUCUUUUUUCCAGAUUUCUUCCAGCUAUUUUGGGUUUAGGAAGAACCAAUACAUAUAAUAACCAAAUAUUUUUCAUUAAACAUGAAGCAGUGUAAUUGUCCACGUUUGUGUACAACAGGUUCAAGUUACACAGAAUUAAGUAUUAUGGUGCAAAC